AUGUCUGCUCUUCGAAGAGCGAUAUGUCUUGAUGCCGCCGCGCUUGCAACGCGGCAGACCCGAACCUCGAUCACCCGCUCGCGAUUGUUAGCAGUGCCUAUACCUCGGUUCCGCAACUAUGCUUCAGCCAGUCCGCAAUGCCAACAGGCCUUCCAUUCACAGCUCGAGACCGCUCCCAAUUUCUCCGCCCUCCAGUCCUCCCUGGACUCCGCCACUCGGACCUACCCACAGACACUUACCGAGAAGAUUUCCUGGUUCGAAGGUCGGGAAAUUGAGCUGACGUCGCUCUUUGGCCAAAGCCCUCAUAAGAGUAUGACUCACGACAACUCGUUUCCUGUGAUUACCAAGUUUAUGGAAAUGGGUGCUACUUCAGUCAAGGACAAUCGUCAGGUCGUCAUGACGCUUGACCAUGAUGUGCAGAACGACUCUGAGCAAAACUUACGCAAAUACCGUCUGAUUGAGGAGUUUGCCAACAAGCAGGGCAUUGAUUUUUACCCCGCCAAACACGGAAUCGGGCAUCAGAUUAUGGUUGAAGAAGGCUACGCCUGGCCAGGAACCGUUAGUGUUGCUAGCGACAGUCACUCCAACAUCUACGGUGGCGUUGGAUGUCUCGGCACAGCCAUCGUCCGCUCAGACGCCGCAAGUGUCCUCGCAACCUCGACAGUAUUCUGGCGAGUCCCGCCAAUUGCCAAAAUUACCUUUACGGGUACUCUGCCUCCGGGGGUUACGGGCAAAGACACGAUCAUUGCCCUAUGCGCCUUGCUCAAGUCAGAAGUUUUGAAUAUGUGUGUCGAGUUCACCGGGUCUGGACAGACUCUUGCAAGCAUCCCCAUAUCCGAACGCUUGACAAUCGCCAACAUGACAACUGAGAUGGGAUCUCUAUCGGGACUGUUCCCUGUCGACGAGACGCUCAUCUCGUGGUACCGCGCCAGAGCCACAGCCGCAGCCACGUCUGGCGGUUCUACCAAGGAUCGUAUAAACCAGAAGCGGAUUGACGAGCUCCUGGAGAAUACCCUUGUGGCUGAUCCUGGUGCCAAAUACGCAAAGGAAUAUUUCCUCGAUCUAUCCACCCUUUCACCCUUCGUUGCUGGUCCCAACUCAGUCAAAGUUGCCAACCCUGUUGAGAAGCUCGCUGCUGAGGAUAUUGCUAUAGACAAGGCAUAUCUUCUAAGUUGCACCAAUGGUAGGAGUACGGAUUUCGCAGCUGCUGCUCGUGUCUUCCGCGAGGCCGGUAACAAUGGCCAGCCUGCCAAGGUCCAUCCUAGUGUCAAGCUCUAUCUCGCACCUGCAUCCCUGGCCGAACAGCGCAUGUCGGAAGAGGCUGGAGACUGGCAGGUUCUCGCGCAGUCUGGAGCUGAGCUACUUCCGGCCGGAUGUGGAGCCUGCAUAGGCUUGGGCCGUGGCUUACUCGAGGAAGGCGAGGUGGGCAUAUCGGCAAGUAAUAGGAACUACAAAGGGCGCAUGGGUAGCCCCAAGGCGCUGUGUUACCUCGCUAGCCCCGAGGUAGUCGCGGCCAGUGCCAUUAAGGGUCGGAUUGCCAGUCCUGGUUGGUACUUGAAGCCCGAAGGAGUUGAGAAGGUUGUUGUUGGCGAGGGCACCGGCGACUUUGUUGCCGAUAAAGCUCGUUCCAUUGAAGAUGCUUUUGGACAAGUCAUCGGUGAGAUGGAGAGCGUGAUUAGCGCUGCUGAAGCUGAAGGGGCUGCUGGGAAGUCGACCAGUCCCCCAGCCACUGAAGGCGAGGCCUUGACGGAUGUCCUCCCGGGCUUCCCCGAGAAAGUCGAGGGCGAAAUCGUUUUUUGUAUCUACCCAGGACGCUAUACUUACCAGGAUGGCAUGACAACAGAGCAGAUGGCUUUGGUGUGCAUGGAGAACUACGAUACCGAGUUCCGCAAUAUCAUUAGACCAAAUGAUGUGCUGGUAGCCGGAUAUUCCUUCGGCUCUGGGUCUUCCCGGGAACAGGCCGCCACUUCUAUCCUAGCCAACCGGAUCCCUCUCGUUGUUGCUGGCAGCUUCAGCAAUAUCUUCAGCCGCAAUAGCAUUAAUAAUGCUCUUCUUGGUAUUGAAAUCCCGAAACUGGUCGAGCGGCUUCGUGAGGUGUACGGGGACGAUCCGGAAAAGCCCCUGACUCGCCGGACAGGCUGGAAACUUGUUUGGGACGUCCGCCGGUCCCAAGUGACCAUCACUGAGCAGGACGGCACCUCUUGGGUAGAAAAGGUUGGUGAGAUGCCUCCUAAUGUUCAGGAAAUCAUCGCCAAAGGAGGUAUCGUGAAACUUGCGGGGCUUCGCCGGCCGGCCACUGACAGCUGA